UAUCUAGCAUUUGGUGAUAUAUAGGAUGACAUUUGUUGUUAUUGUUUUAUUUCCACUUGUUGUUUGAUGUCAUAGCGUGUUUGUACUGAUUUCUAGUAAAUUAGUCCAUUAAUCGUUGUUUAUACAUAGUUAAUUGAUCUAUUCAUUUUAGUAAAUGAUUCGAUGGUUAUGUUGUAUUUCAGACGACUGAUGCAUCCAUGAUAACAACGACGACAACGUUCGUUAAGGCACUUUCAUCAGAUCGAACCAUCCUCGGCAUCAUCUCCUCGACGAGUGGAACCACGAUGACAACGUCUUCCUCGGACAACGAACAACGCAGUAGCACUUUGACUAUCAUUGUGAGGUCUUCGUCGGAGGAGAGCGGGACCACGAAGAAGGACGACGGGACCACGGGAGGAGGGAAGAAGAUCAUUGAUGAGCGCACGAAGGACAAGACUACGUCAUCGAGUGUACCGAGUUACAGUGAUUCCACUAAAAAGAAUGCAAUAACCACCCUGCUUUCGUUCGGCGAUACCAUCACCGAUACUACUACUACUACUACUACUACUACUACUACUACUACUACUACUACUACUACUACUACUACGCAUGCUGAUGUUAUGGCUGUUAGUGUUGUUAGUUCCCGUAACAACAUCCCUGAUGCUAAGACUAUUACUAACAACACCGGUGUAGUUGAUGUUCACACAACUACCAAUGCUGGAAGUACUACUGUUAAAGACAACUCAACUAUGACUCUAGCAGGAGCAGGGGAGAUUAUCACAAUUGCGUCAACGGUGUCCGUUACAAUGAUAGUGGUUAUGGGAGGAAUUGUUCUGGGUAUUCUUAUUCACAUCAAACGACGUCGUCGACGAUCUAUGGAACUGGAAAAUAGAGGACGAGGAUUCAAUCUCUUCACGGAUACAAGCUCUCCUCCGCGUAACGUAUUCGAUGAGAUCAUGAUUAACGAAGCGGAGGAAAUAGAAAUGUUCUCCCAGUAA